UCUACCCAGAAAAAUCACCCUGGUGACCUUUCUUUGAAGGAUUGGUUAUAUAAUUUCCAAGUUUAUUGUGAUCGUUAUUCUUUGAAUGCAGAUGAACAAUAUACUGCACUUAUUAGUCAUUUGGCUGGCAAUGCAAAGAUGAGGUUCAAUGUCGUAUGCUCAUGUCCACAAAUAAUAUGGGUGUCACUGAAGCCCUUAAGAUAUUGAAACUUGCUUUUCAGUCAGAUGAAUCGGCCGCAGCAUUUAGUUAUUCAUUUUAUUCUAGACAGCAAUUGGAUAGUGUAACAUUAGCUGAAUAUAGUUUAAAAUUGAUCACGCUUUAUUCUCAGCUUAUUAAAGCGUCUGGAACUGAAGAGAAGACUGCACUGAAGCAACUCCAAAACACCACUCUGAAGCAGAGGUUUGUUGAAGGUGUACGGGAUCCAGUUGAACGUGAGCUUCGUCGUAUUAAAUUGGCGAGUAAACAAAUGAAAUGAGGGAAGAGGUCCUUGAAUUGUUCAAAGGGGAGAAACCCAAAGUUAAACCCCGUGUAGGAAGCUGGAUAUAGUGAACCAACAGAGGUAUCUGAGCUGAAACAACUAAAGAAUGGAAUGCAAGAUUUUAAACGAUCUGUCUUGAACUCUCGACGAGAUGCUCGAGUUUUGAAGUGUUACAAUUGUGGUAAGGAAGGCCAUGGUAAUGCGCUGUGAGAUCUCACAAAUGUUGAUUUGGCAGCUAAGACGGUUGACAAAAGUCCUUCAGCUAGGAUGUGUAUUGGAUACUGGUGCUGAAGCUUCGAUAAUUCCAUCAUCAGCAUAUAAUCAGUUGAAGUCGCGCUUUGGUGAACUGGGAACAGUACCGGAUUUAGGAAGAUCACUUGACAGAGAAACUCCACCUGCCAUCUGUAGAUCUGAAGUCAUCUUGCAGAUAGACGAAGAAGAAUCUAAUAUACUCGUGUCAUUGAAGCAUUCUGGUGUCAUUUCCCCCUGUAGUACCACAGAAUUGAAAGCCGAUUUACCGUCGAUUGGAAGUGUUAAUGCUGGUGGUACAACUGAUUAAGUGCAUUUGAUGUAGGCAGAUUUGAUGUGGCCCUGUCAUUAGGUUACCUUAUCGUUGUAUUAAUCCUUCAAUUGCCGACGUUGAGACAAUGUUACAAGAAAUGUUAGAUCAAGGUCAUCCGUGCAUCAUAAAGCAGUUUUGCUAGCCCCAUUGUGCUAGUCAAAAAGAAAGAUGGCUCUCUACGAUUUUGUGUAGAUUAGCGUAAGCUAAAUGAUCAUGGGGACGACUCGAUCCUAAUCAAUUCCAGUGCAAUCCCCGAACCAUAACAUUAAUCAUGUCUUUCUGCUUCUCAUAUUUGCAUCUGAUUCUAUUUAUAUUUCAAGGUUUUCUUUGAUUAGAAUAUAUUUUAGUAUGAAAAUAGAUUAUAUUAGAUUAUACA